AUGCCUUCGACUGAGUAUACGGCGGAAUCGGCAGCGCUCGCUGCAGCUCGGUCAGACAUGGCAAGACUCAUCGCCGACCUACAAGAGCUGCAAGACAGGGUUAUUGCCAUAAAUGCUCAACUCCCCUGCUCCAGCCAAACCGAUUCUGAACUCUCUGCAAACAAUCGCGACACCACGAAUGACUGUCUGUCACACGGCUUCAACACACAAGUCAUGCAACGUCCUGGCGUUGGGAUAAACAUCACUCCUAACCCUCCACGCAGCUUCUUCUCCUCAGACUCCAGCACACCUGCCACCUGCACCCCAACCAGGAAUAUGGCAGUCUGGAACACACCAAGUGCUCCCUCCAGCCUCGACAGCCCUUUCGGCCCCUCCAGCACCAACCCUGGUCUCCCGGCAAACGCUCGGAUAUGGAACAGCCCCUCCACUCCUCUCCACUCCCCCCACUCCUUCAACUUCAACGACCUCUUCACCUCCUACGACACCCCCACUCCUACUCAUAUCGUGCAAACGACCCCCAUAGCCGCAAAACAUGCUCUCUGCCCUGUUCAGUCGCAAUUCGAAGACAAUAAAUCACGGCCCGUUCCUAUUACCAGACGUAACCUCCUUCCCGCGUAUUCAACACCCAAACACCUGAAACGGGACAUCGAGUGCGUCAAGAGCACAGCGGGUCCAAGCACUUGUGAGGAGGGGUCGGUGCUAAUACAGGUGCGCAAGGGGGUCCAGGUUGUUGUGGUCAAUGUGUAG